UGGAGAUUACUGAGUGAUGAGGCUGCAGACACAUCAAGAAGGUACCAGCUGUAAAUGUCGCUCCGGGAUUUACCCAGCAAAUGUUUUUGCGAUGCACGAAUUAAACUUUGCUUUUAGUUCGGGAUUCAAGUCUGAAGUCGGUCUGUCGCAGAAACAGUUUUAAACAGCAUUUUGAGGUUGUAGGUACUGAGUUACUGCUGUAGAAAUCAAAGGGCGGGGGGGGCUUCUAAUAAUUUGAGACUAAGUUUGGGCACCUUUUUAAUUCAGAUAAUCUCUGAAAAACAAGACAUUUUUGAUUCAUCUGAAGUGGAUAAAAAGUUAUUAAAAAGGUCCUUUAAGAAGUAAGAAGGCUGUUUUCCUGCGGUGAAAAGGGGGUUAGAACGGUGCUUUGAAAAAGCGUUUAAUCCCACCGCUGUCUAUAAUCCAGUCCAUCUUAAUUUUGUCACGGGCACCAUGUUGUCCAGUGUGCGCCGUCACAGCCUCCGCUUGCAGAGCGAGCUCCACCGGUGGAGCAUCUGCGACUCCGGCAGCCACCUGCUCUCGGACAGCCUCCUGGCGAGGGUCCCCACUUGCAUCUCCCGCUCCAAAUCCUGCGCCAGCUCCGCCGGGGAGUCAGACGGGAGCAGAGGGAGCUGGUCCUCCUCGGACUCGGUCAUCUCCACCGACUCCGCCGGGGAGCCCGCGGAACCCGAGAGACCGUACCGCGUGGUGCUGCUGGGGGCCAGCGGGGUCGGUAAGACGGCUUUCGCCAGCAUCUUCGCUGGUGCAGCGGACAGCAUGGACAGCGAUGACUGCGAGCUGUGUGGAGAUGAACUGUCUGAAAAGGAAAUUGAAGUGGAUGGAGAGCCCGCCACUAUAACUCUGCUUGACACAUGGGAUACUGAGACUGACAACGAAUGUGUGUAUGAGCGCUACAUGCAGACUGGGGAUGCCUACCUGUUGCUGUACUCUAUAACUGACCGAGCUUCCUUCCUGAGAGCUUCUGAGCUCCGGAUAACCCUGCGUCGCUUCCGCCCUGCCCACCACACACCAAUCAUCCUCGUGGGGAACAAGUGUGACCUGGUGAGGCGCAGAGAGGUGUCAGUGAGUGAGGGUCGUGCUUGCGCCGCUGUGUUUGACUGCAAGUUCAUUGAGACCUCAGCCGCCAUGCAGCACAAUGUCUGGGAGGCUUUCUACGGUAUAGUGCGACAGCUGCGUCUACGACGGGACUCCAAAGAAGCCAACAAACGCCGCAGGCACAGAAGCUGUGCUACACGCCGCGAGAGCCUCCCUAUGAAGGCCAAACGUUUCCUUGACAAGGUGGUGGCAAAGAACAACCCCAGUGUGGCGUUCUGGCUAAAAUCCAAGUCCUGCCACGAUCUCUCUGUGCUGUAGGAGCCUGACAGAUGAAGCCAAAUCUUCAUCAAAUCUUUGAGCAGGUGAACAAGUUACAAGGUGGAGGAUAAGCCCUCUUCUGAGGUGGCUAAAAAAAGUUGGAUGGUUCACACGCAGUCCUCACUGUGUUCACAUCCACCCUCCACACAGCCAGGCUGGUGUAAAGGACGGUGUUAGAAACAUGUUGCAGUCCAGAGUUGACUGAGUGAACUGGGCUUAAAUUGUCUGCCUUUGAAAUGGACAGUCAGACGAUGAUGUGAUGUUAGAGCGGUCGAGUCCGUGUAGCAGAAAUGUUUAAGAGGUUAGAGACCAGCUGAUGGAAAUAGAGAAAAGGAAGUGAUUUUUCUUUUAUUUGUGUUUUGAACAAAUACAUUUUAAUAGCUUUUUCUCUCCUUUCUUCUCUUUUUCCUGAUCACUUUGCUCCGAAUCUUGCCAAAUUUUGACUGUUGAUCCCUAAGUGCUUUGAUUUGUAAGCUACUUUGGGCACUUAAUGUCUUUGAUAAUGUGUAUGAUGAUCUUUUAACAGUUACUUUAUUUAUAUGUGUUGUAUUUUGUACUUGUUGAACAUAAAAACCAGAUUGAUAAUGUUUUUUGGGUUUUUUUUGUUGCUACUUUUCUGUUGUUUUAAGUGCUGCUUGAUGAAAUAAAGUGACAUAACAGUG